AUGAACUGUGCACUGCAUUCUGAACAGGCUCUAUUAUAUGACUCUCCCUCGAUAACAAUCAGAAAGAGUAUUUCUAGGAAUGGUGGACAACCAUUUGAAGAUUCCGAUGUUCUCGUACUUUCCUCUCGGUCCACAAGCGACGCGCACUCCCAAGGUUCCACGCAACUGUGCCUCGACUUACGUCUCUCAAAGCCAUUAAAACCGGACAGCACCAUUCAAUGGGGCUUUGCUGGAAUCCGCGUUACGCUUUCUUCUACCCCAUUGCGUUUCCGAUGGAAUCAUUAUAUUGAUUCCCAAGGACGAGAUGGCCCUCCUGAUGAAGGCACUAUGACCUCAUGCGAUGGGGAAGAAGUAGAAACUGGAAUUGGGAUCAACCCCGAGACGGGAGAAGAGGAGAAGUAUGAAGAACGCUGGAUUGACCAACCUGUUACACCAGCCACAUCGUUCGCAUUCCUCACUUCCUCACGCGAACCAAGCGAAUCGACCGGAUUUAUUGCUAUUCUGGGGGAUCAUGCGCUUGCGAUGCGCCAGAACUACUUUCCGGAUGACGCUGAAUUCCAAGCAGUGCGCAUGCGCAUCUCGACUUCAUCGUCGUCCGAAGUUCUGUUCAAGCAGAAUGCAGACACCCUCCUCCCACUAUUAGAAUAUGCGCUCUCUAGUAUUGAUAGUUGGAAAGGAUCCCCUUGGCAGCGUGGCCAAGAAAUUACUUUACAGGAAGACCGCUGGACUGUGUGGGACGCUGGCAUGACAGGGGAACAUAACUACCUAAUUUAA